AUGCUAGAGACUCCUGUACCUAAUGCAGAUGCAGAGAAGAAAAGGCAACGGAGGAAGAAGAAAGGUGGACGGCAGAAGCUUGGACAGGGAAGACUUCAAGGACAGAAUGGCCAAGGGCAGUGGAGGUGCCAACAGCCUUCGGCCUCGGAGGCUGAAGAAGGGCUGGACUUCACUGGCGAACUCCAGGAGCGCGAUCUUCUGGACCUUGCUCCCAGGCUCUCCUGCAGCCCCUGGGACGCCCAGCUCCCUGCAGUGUCUGAGGGCUGCGGCCCUGUGUAUGUUUUUCAGAGAGGUCCGCCGGGAGAGCGGGGUCCCCCGGGCCCCCCGGGGCCGCCGGGAGUGCCUGGAUCAGACGGCAUCGACGGUGACAAGGGGCCCCCUGGAAAAGCUGGUCCUCUGGGAUCCAAGGGAGAACCUGGCAAGGCUGGGCCAGAUGGGCCGGACGGAAAGCCCGGGAUUGAUGGAUUAACUGGAGCCAAGGGGGAGCCUGGCCCCAUGGGGACCCCUGGAGUCAAGGGCCAGCCUGGACUCCCCGGUCCCCCUGGCCUGCCGGGCCCUGGUUUCGCUGGACCUUCCGGACCGCCUGGACCUGUCGGCCUCCCUGGUGAGAUUGGAAUCCCAGGCCCCAAGGGGGAUCCUGGACCAGAAGGACCAUCAGGGCCCCCGGGGCCACCUGGAAAACCGGGUCGUCCGGGAACUAUCCAGGGCUUGGAAGGCAGCGCGGAUUUUCUGUGUCCAACCAACUGUCCGGCGGGUGUGAAAGGCCCCCAAGGGCUGCAGGGAGUGAAGGGACAUCCAGGCAAGCGUGGGGUUCUGGGUGAUCCUGGCCGCCAGGGGAAGCCGGGUCCCAAGGGAGAUGUGGGUGCUUCUGGAGAGCAAGGCAUCCCUGGACCACCGGGUCCUCAGGGCAUCAGAGGCUACCCGGGCAUGGUGGGACCCAAGGGAGAGAUGGGUCCCCGUGGAUAUAAAGGCAUGGUGGGCUCCAUCGGUGCUGCUGGACCACCGGGUGAGGAGGGUCCGAGGGGGCCACCAGGCCGAGCUGGGGAGAAGGGUGACGUGGGCGGUCAAGGUGUUCGAGGAUCCCAAGGGAUCACAGGCCCCAAGGGAGCAACCGGCCCCCCGGGCAUCGACGGCAAGGAUGGAACCCCAGGCACACCAGGAAUAAAGGGCAGUGCAGGACAGGCGGGGCGGCCAGGCAGCCCGGGCCACCAGGGCCUAGCGGGUGUGCCAGGCCAACCUGGAACAAAAGGAGGCCCUGGAGACCAGGGUGAGCCGGGUUCACAGGGCCUCCCUGGAUUCUCUGGUCCCCCUGGGAAGGAGGGAGAGCCAGGGCCUCGAGGAGAAAUUGGUCCCCGGGGCAUCAUGGGACAGAAGGGUGACCAGGGUGAGAGGGGACCAGUGGGACAGCCAGGCUCUCAAGGACGACAGGGCCCUAAGGGAGAGCAGGGCUUCCCCGGAAUUCCAGGGCCCCAAGGCUUGCCAGGCAUCAAAGGAGACAAGGGCUCCCCAGGGAAGACCGGGCCCCGCGGCGAAGUGGGUGACCCGGGAGUGGCCGGCCUCCCCGGAGAGAAAGGCGAGAAGGGAGACUCUGGCGAGCCGGGGCCCAAGGGGCAGCAAGGAGUCCGCGGAGAAGCCGGCUACCCGGGCCCCAGCGGGGAUGCGGGCGCCCCAGGGGUGCAGGGCUACCCCGGGCUUCCCGGCCCUCGAGGACUGGCCGGAGACCGAGGCGUGCCAGGACAGCCUGGGAGACAGGGCGUGGCGGGCCGAGAUCCCAGUGACCAGCACAUCGUGGAUGUAGUGCUGAAGAUGCUGCAAGAGCAACUAGCAGAGGUAGCCGUGAGUGCCAAGCGGGAAGCCCUGGGUGCAGCAGGAAUGAUUGGUCCUCCAGGACCCCCUGGGCCUCCUGGGUACCCAGGCAAGCAGGGACCCCAUGGGCACCCUGGCCCUCGGGGCAUUCCUGGCAUCGUGGGAGCUGUGGGCCAGAUUGGCAACACGGGGCCCAAGGGAAAACGUGGAGAGAAGGGUGAUCGAGGAGAAGUGGGACGUGGGCACCCCGGGAUGCCUGGGCUCCCAGGGAUCCCAGGACUCCCAGGCCGGUCUGGCCAGGCAAUCAAUGGCAAAGAUGGAGAUCGAGGGUCCGCAGGGGCUCCCGGAGAGGCAGGCCGACCUGGCCUGCCAGGCCCUGUGGGGCUGCCGGGCUUCUGUGAGCCCGCAGCCUGCCUUGCAGCUUCAGCCUAUGCCUCUGCCCGCCUGACGGAGCCUGGAUCCAUCAAGGGGCCAUGAGCAUCUGGCCUGGACAGAGCCCGGUGGGCAUCCUGUGGGGGAAGGACUAGAUCCCUUCUGGGUGGACAAGCACUCCAGCCCCAGCCUAGGAAACUGACUCUCCCAGGACCUUCUGUCUGGGGGCCAGGAGUCCUGAGGAAGAGGCAUUCCCAAACAUGGGGGAAGGGGAGGGAGGGUGCUGAAGUGAAAAGGUGAGGCCAACAGACAGGGCAAGUGUUGCUAGAGAGUUGAAGCUCCAGAGGGAAUAGGGUGGCUUUCCUUCCAGAGCGCCACUCAGCUGUUACCAAAACAAAUGUCUCCAUAAUCUGCACCAUUCUCCACUGGCCACCUUGUCCUUGGGGCAGUGGGCUGUAUGCACCCCGGGAUGCCUGGGCUUCCAGGGAUCCCAGGUAAGACCUCGGCCCUGCCUAGCUACCGUUCUGUCCCCCAGCUGGGAUUAAUGACUGAGGUCCCUGACGAUUCCUGAUGUCAUUCUCACUCUCUGGACUUACUGGAUGGCUGUUAAGGGGCAGCCAGCCUGUGGUGGCCAUCCUCAAGGUAGCCCCACUGCUUCCUUCCUGCCUCCCCUCUGAGUAUUUAAACACUAUCUCCUUUCUCUUUCUAGCGUAGCUUCCCCACCCCUUUUUCCCCAGACCCACCCAGGCCUUUCUGUAAAUAAAAGCCCUCAACUUGGGCAUCA